GCAGGGUUGUAACUUCCUCGCGAGUUGGUUCGGCUUCCUCUGAGGGUGACGUGUAUCACGGAGGACACCCUCACAUUGUGGAUGCUGCUAAUAUGAAGUUAGCCCGUCCUGCUGCCGGAGAUAUCAAGUGAUUAACGGAAGAGAAAUCCACGAGCCAACGGUCUUCGGUCGGUGCUUCGGGAGCAAUCAUGUCUGUGACGCUGUGUGGAGCACAUGGACGGGCUGGGAGAGGUGUUAUACGCGUCUUGGUUCCGCUCACCGCCGCCGUGUUGUUGUUGUCGGUCGGAAUCGCUGCAGUUCCAGAGGAGCACAAAGCGGUCCCGGUCCAGGAGCUGCUCCCACAGGAGAAAGCACCAAGUCCUCAUCCAGUGGGCCCUGUAAUUUCAGAGAAUGACUCCACCAAAGGAAACAUGGGAUUCAUUCACGCCUUCGCAGCCUCUAUCUCUGUCAUCAUCGUCUCAGAGUUGGGAGACAAGACAUUUUUCAUCGCAGCCAUCAUGGCCAUGCGUUACAACCGUCUCACCGUGUUGACAGGCGCCAUUCUGGCCCUGGGAGUCAUGACUUGUCUCUCUGUGCUGUUUGGUUAUGCCACCACCAUCAUCCCUAGAAUCUACACAUACUAUGUAUCCACGGCUCUGUUUGCCAUCUUUGGUGUGCGCAUGCUGAGAGAGGGGCUGAAGAUGAGUCCAGAUGAGGGUCAGGAGGAGCUGGAGGAGGUGCAGGCAGAGAUCAAGAAGAAGGACGAGGAGCUUCAGCGAUCUAAACUGGUCAAUGGGAAUGCAGAUGUGGAGUCUGGAUCAGGGAACACGCUGCCUCAGAGGAAGUGGCACAGCUUCAUCUCACCCGUCUUCCUCCAAGCCCUCACCCUCACCUUCCUCGCAGAGUGGGGGGACCGCUCCCAGCUGACCACUAUUAUUCUCGCAGCACGGGAGGAUCCUUUUGGAGUUGCUGUGGGCGGUACACUGGGACACUGUUUGUGUACAGGACUGGCUGUGAUAGGAGGGAGAAUGAUCGCCCAGAAAAUAUCUGUCAGAACAGUUACAAUCAUUGGAGGAAUUGUUUUUCUGGCGUUCGCCUUCUCUGCCCUUCUCAUCAAGCCAGAGUCUGGAUUUUGAUUGGAAGAACGACUUUUCAGGUUCACUCUGUAUAUACGUGUAAACUUUGGUUCACUUGCUGUUGAGAGAUUGUGUGUGUGUGUGUGUGUGUGUGUGUGUGUGUGUGUGUGUGUGUGUGUGUGUGUGUGUGUGUGUGUGUGUGUGUGUGUGUGUGUGUGUGUGUGUGUGUGUGUGUGUGCAACAGACCGUGUGACAAGUUGAACAGGAAGCCAAAGUCCCUUCCUCCUUCCUUUAGACAACUUCUGCUCCACUAGAGCCUGUAAAUCUGAGUGGUUUCUCAUAAUGCAAAUUUAGCAUUAAAUAAGAUUUUCCUCACCAAAACCUUUUGGGAGUUGCUGAAUACUUACAAAGCAGAAAGUCUGAAGUACUGAGGAGAAAACAUUGAGUAACAGACGUCGGUGUGAGAGGAGAAAAGAAAGAACUGUGGCUUCCUGUUCGAGCUUUGUUCUCUUCACAAAGUGUGCAAGAGGAAGAAGCACACUCGCUGCCCUCCAACCCAUCUGGUAGAGGUUAUGUGGCUCAGUCAGAACCCGACAAGCAGUACCUUUCUAACACUUAGCCAUCUCCUUUAGACACUAAGUCCAUUUCAAAGUCAUUGCCUUUUUACUUGUCUAUAAAUGUUGAAUGAUCCUUUUGUUUGUCUGUUUAACGUGAGCCCAGAUGCUGGUGUUUAUUCCACCUUCCUCUCUGGGAGACACUUUUUAAUAGAAUCUAAUACAAACUCCCCAAGAAGUGCGAUAUGAUUUAAGUUGAGACAGAGACAUCAUUGAAAUAUUUCUGAGUUAUUCCCUUUGGCUGCUGAUACAAAGGAGCAGUUAUUUUAGAGAGACUGGGUCCUGAACAACUAGAAUACCUCUACGUUCGGGUGUCGCCAUACCUUACAGUAUAUAGUAUCCAUAGAGCUACAGCACAGCUCCUCUUCAAAAAGCUGAUCACAUAGUGGUGAUAUUGGUCCACACCUGGUAUCAACAUCUGUCCUGAAUGUGUCUCCUGGGACCACAUGUGGUCGGAUCUCACUGGAAUGAAUCAGUGAGGUUUUAGCCAUUUCCAGUAUCAGUCAUGAUCGUGGUGGUCAGUGUUGAUAGUGUGGCCACAAACAAAUCAAUGUAUGGACUCUUAAGAGGAAACAUUUGAUUGAUUGUUAAACUGCAGCAGGUCAGAGGACGUCCGCUGAGUAGGCGGUCCUUCAUAUGUGGCCCAGGACAGAUCUGUGUUCACAAUGUGAAGAUGUGGCCACGUGUCUCGGACCAACUCAGAAUGUGUUUUUUCUGAUCGGACCUCAGGACACACUACUGAAGACACAUUGGGGUGCGUUCACGCUGACCACUUGUGAUAAGACCAUUCAGGACAGAUCAGUUACCAACAGCGUAAAGAGCACAGAUCAUGUUGAUGAUCGGUCAGGAAUUAGCUUCACAGGUUAAAAACUCCUUCUCUGUGAUAAGAGCCAUAUUCAUAAACAACUUGGUGCUUCAGUUGUUACUGGCCUGAAUCACAAAAGAUGCUUUCAAACAUGGACUAAACUCCAGAUAAUCUCCUGACAUCUGUAUGUAGGAACACAAAUGUCUGAGUGAGAGGCUCCUGACUUUCUCUAGUUUAUCCUGCCAGCCCCCUAGUUAACACUCCGGAUAAUGUCUGAGUGAGCCCACGUGAGACUGUAAGAACACCUGAACGCUCCAGAGAUCACUGUGUUGCUCGUCAGUGACUGGAAAACUUUGUAUAAAGUCUGGACCCAACUGGGCGGACAUACUCCAGAGUUCUUGUCCGAGAACAAUUAGAGUCACAGACAGAAUGUAAUCAUGACGUACAGAAGAAGUGACACAAUCACCACCAUGUCAUUUGUACAAUUUGUUGACCCUCUUCAGCCAUAAGCAGCUGUGUUGUAGCUACAGCGACACCUCAACCAGCAAUGUAAUAAAGCCCUAUGUUUCCCUUUUAUUUAAAAUGCUCUGUAUUUAUUUAGCUUCAUUUUCUUUUAGCGUACGUACUGUAGACAGAGAACAGGGUGGGUUAAGAGGUCAAAAGAAACGAGGGAUGGAAUUAUUUUUUUAACUGAACAGGCCAAAGCUGUGUUGUCAAUAUUUGACAGGCUGUGCCCGGCUGUGAAAUCCGUCUGUUUGUGGGACAGGUUGGUGGAAAUCUGAAAAUUUCUCUCAAUAAAAAUGUUUCAUGUCUUGUCUUCUUUCUAAACCAGUCGUUUGUUCUGUAUGUGAGAUGGUCACCGAUGGGCUGAAAAGACAGUAAAGAUGAGCCAGAGGAAACAGAACACCGGAGACAUUUCAUAGGGAUUUAUUUCAGAUUGAAGGGGAGCAAACGGUUGAUACAUUUGCUUCAGAAGGUUGUGUUGAAUUUCUGAACAGUUUGGCUCAAGAAAUAAAUGCAGAGCAACACACAUGCAGACCAAAAUCUGGAGGGUUACAAAUACACUGUCCGAUUAUUUGAUGUUGAUGAGGGAAUAAUGUUUGAUGUCUAAAGAUGCUGAACCUCAAACUGAACAGCAGGUGGCAGUAGUGGAUCUGCAAGAAAAGUGUUUUGGGGCAGAAUCUGUUACAAUGUUCACAACAAUAAAAGUUUUUAUUUCUAAGUGCUGUAAAAAGAAAA